AAAUAUUCCACGCCUUUGUCACUGGCUGUCAGUUGCCGUUUCAAUUUGCCACAGUAAAAAGGACAAUUUCUGAGUUAUUUGGCUACAUUGUUAGCGCAUCAGUCCUUUGCCAGAAUGUGUUUCAAGUUAACUAAAUGUUGUUGCGGGUCCUCACUUCAAUCCGGAGCUAAAAAGAUUGGCACCCUAAAUCUGGUUGGCGGAAUGACUAUAGCAAUCAUAUUAUAUGAUUACAUGACAAGUGUGGCAUUCAACGGUAUACGAGUUGAAACGUAUGUCCAGUUCGGCGUUUCGGUGGGAUCGGUUGUGGUGGCCGUUCCUCUUCUGUUUGCUGCCCACCAGAACCGCAUCCCUAUGCUCCUUCUGCCUUGGCUCAUAUUGCAGAGCUUUAUUUUACCAGUAGCAUUGGUAUCUUUUAUUUACUGUUUAUCCAUGGGCUACAUUUCUGUCGUUAGCCAAAGUCAGGAAAUCAGUUUGAGUAUCUUUUCCCAUAUCGUUUCAUUAGUUGCAAGUAUGUACUUCUAUAGGGUGAUAUUCAACUAUUUUCAUCAGUUGAGGGCAAUCAAGAACCAACCGAAAACCAUUGAAGAAACUCCGGAACUUAAAAUUGCUCAUUUGUACGAGAAAGACACGGCAUAUCUUUUGUGAACCAUAACACUU